AUGUGCGAUAAAUUAUCGGACUCCGAUAGCGAUACUGCAAUAAAUAAUAUUUGUACUAGAAAGAAGGCAAUCAGCAUUGCCGUCGGAAAAAUGUACUUAGCACACUUCAACAUAAAUUUCUCCUCUGCAAUAUUAGUUUUAUUAUUUUUUUCACCUGAUCUUGUGGACUUUAUUGUGGAUAAGACAAAUAACUAUUGGGCACGUACAGUAAAUGAUGACAUGCGUAACAUCAAAAUUGGUAGAACUGUCGACGAGCUGUACUGUUUUCUUACAUGUACGUUACUAAUGUUGAGAAACAAAAAAUUACGGCUUAGUGAGUAUUGGUCUAGAGAUAAACUUUUACAAACUGAUAUUUUUAGCGAAAUUAUGUGCAGAGAUAGAUAUUUAGUUUUAUUGAAAAUGUUACAUUUUGUUGAAAAUAAUUUAAAAUCUUCUGAUCGUUUGCAAAAAAUUAGCAGCGUUUCAAGCAGACUUAAAAAAUCGUUUAAAAACUCAUUUCAUCCUUUUCAAAAUUUAUGCAUAGAUGAAAGUCUUUUAUUAUACAAGGGCAGAUUAUCUUUUAAACAGUAUAUACCAGCCAAAAGAAGCCGAUUUGAUAUUAAAACGUACGUAUUAUGCAACUGUAAAACAGGCUACGUACUAGAUACAAUCGUAUACACAGUAUUUUUGAAGAACUUGUUACAAAAGAUGAGAGUGAAGAAUAAAAUAUCCGAUUUGAAUGAGGAUUGUAAUGAUGAAAUACAGAUUGAAAUACAAUUACAGAGAACGCGCCGAUAUGUUCAAUUGCCAUAUGAUUCCAAAGAUAUGAAGAACAAUUCAAAUUCACAUAUAGAAAAUUUCGGAGACUAUUUAAAUGGAGAGUGA